ACAAAUAGGCCUUGCUUAUUAUUUAUUAGUUUUAACUUGUUUUAAAUAGACUUAUUUAAGCCAUGACUUCAAGCAGUGAGCCUUUGGAAAUAAGUGACAAUGAGCUGGUUCACAUACUCAGGACCCCCCGGGAACAGUACACCUCUGCUGGCUGUGUGGUGCUCGACUGCAGACCUUUCCUCGAUUUUUCUUUUACGCACAUUUGCGAGUCCCGAAACGUCAACUGGAACUCAAUGCUGCGUCGUAGAUCCAAGAGCUCGGUGGUGGCUCUGGAGUGGCUCAUCCCGGACAAGGCGCUCCUGGGCCGGCUGCGGCGCGGGGAGUUCUCCCCGGUGGUGGUGGUGGAUGAGAGCAGCCGCUCCGUGGCCGAGCUGAAGGCAGAGAGCGUGGCCCAAAUGCUGCUCACCGCCCUGCAAAACGAAGUUCAGACGCAGAUCUGCUUUCUGCAAGGUGGAUUUGAGGGAUUUUCAGAGGCCUGCCCAGAGCUCUGUUACAGCUCAGCCAGCAAUCACGUCUCUGCAGUGGAACCAGAGCCAAUAGUGACAGGUCGGAGGACACCAGCAUAUGAUCAGGGUGGUCCAGUGGAGCUGCUGCCCUUCCUGUUUUUGGGCAGUGCCAUCCACUCCUCCCGCAGAGAGACCCUCGCAGCUGCGGGCAUCACAGCUGUGCUCAACGUUUCCUCCACAUGCCCUAACUUCUAUGAGGGGGAGUUUCAGUACCUGCGGCUCACUGUGGAGGACAGCCUAGCUGCUGACAUCAGAUCCUGCUUCUCCACAGCCAUCGCCUUCAUCGACUCAGUGAAGCAGAGUGGUGGUCGGGUGCUGGUGCAUUGCCAGGCAGGUAUCUCCCGCUCUGCCACCAUAUGUCUGGCCUACCUCAUGCACACGCAGCGUGUCAAGCUGGAUGAGGCCUUUGACUUUGUGAAGCAGCGGCGUCAGGUCAUCUCCCCCAACCUGGCCUUCAUGGGACAGCUGCUGCAGUUUGAGACUGACGUGCUCUGCCAUGGAUGAAGACCACAGGUCGCAUUCUUUUCAAUUAAUUCUCCUGCCUCUUGCAGGCAUUGACUUUAUCAGCACUUGUAUGUACUAUUGGAACUAGUACAUUUCAGAAGUAUAUGCUUUGUACAAUCAGAGAAAAGCUAAUUGUGCUGCUGGCAUCACAUGGCCAGUGGAUCUGAACUCCUACAGUAUAAUAUAAACUUGUUAUGAACAAUUGUUAUUGUGAACCAGCAAGUUGGAGCAGCUAUAAGGUAAUUCCCCUGACAUGUUAUAUUCAAGGGAAUGGUGCCUACUUGUGUAGUGUGUGUGUGUGUGUGUGUGUGUGUGUGUGUGUGUGUGUGUGUGUGUGUGUGUGUGUGUGUGUGUGAGAAUGUGUUUGUGUGUUAUUUUGUUUGACUUAUGUGCUUGAUCUUUGCAAGGACUGUCUUAUUUUCAUACUGGAAGUCAUUCCUUCACAUUUACGACCACUGUGACAUGACAGGUCUUUUUAUGAGACAACACUGUGUUAACUACUUAAGGCAAUACUGGAUGAAUCUCAAGUUGUAUUGUCUACUUUAUACAAAAAAAUGCACUAACCACUGUUGGUGUCAUUGCAUUCUGUAUCCUGAGAUAUAUUACACUUGGUAAACUCAAGCUGGAAGAAGUUGUUUUUUAUGUAUGUAAUAGAAUUUUUGUUUUUAUUUAUUUCAACAGUUGUUAUGACAGUGUAGCAUUAUUACUGUCCAUUACUGCACUUUAAAGUUUGGCUGAUUCCUGCAGUUUUUUCCACUAAAAUAAAAACAUGCUGGAGAACACA